AUGAAAUUCUCAACUGUUUUCGCUACUGCUACUUCCUUAUUAGUUGCCAAUGCUGCUCCAACUCCAGCUCCUACCGCUGACUACGGUAGUAUUGUUGUUGCCGUUGAAUCUGCCAAUAAAGACAUUGAUAAUUUCGGUCUUUACAGCAAACACGAAGGUGCUGGUAUUAAUGGAGUUUUCCUUUCCCAACAAGGUGCUGACUUAUCUUAUAAUUUUGUCAACCAAACCGUUUAUCAAUCAUUUGAUGAAUAUGAUUAUGCUUUCAGUGUUGCUGAAAACAAUUUUGUUCAAGCAUCAAUUGCUUUAGGGGCCGAUAAAAUUGAAAUCAUUGAAGGUUACUUAGGUCAAAAUGGUAACACUCAAGGUUGGGCAGCUUGUAAAAACAUCAAUGACCCAUACCAAUACUCAAAGAACGAAUAUGCUUUAAUGAAAUUUGAAAAUGACUUUUCAGUUCCUGAUGAUUGUUCAUCAUUGAGAUUAAAAGUCCAACAAAUCUCUAUCGUUGGAUAA